CAGAUGCGGACGCUUUUUUCCUUCCUAGGAGAAAUCGAGGAGCUGCGGCUCUACCCCCCGGACAACGCACCUCUUGCUUUUUCUUCCAAAAGCUCUGAUAGUUGUUCCUUGUGCAGAAGAUGACUAGACUGGCCAAGGCAGACCUGUUACACUUGCCUGAGUUAGGCAUUGUUUGCCAUGCCACUAAACCUGCCGUCAAGUGAAACCUUCAUUGGGGAAAUGAGAUCGGAGUCUGAACCGCAGAAGAUGGACGCCCUGUCUCUGUUUUUUAUUGUUUUACUUUAAUUUCAUUUCUUUUUCUUUAUUUUGUCCCUUUUUUUUUGUUUUUGUUUUUGUUUUUGUUUUGUUAAAUCUCUUUCACUUUAACUUGUGAGCUGGUUUUCCAGUUCUUUGUAAAUGGUAUUCCAUUAAGGGUUCAUAACAUUGCAUUGCAAAUUAUAUUGGGAGAUGAUUAGUAGAGCUCAUCCUUAACAUAAAAGAAAUUUUCACAGUAAAUUAGGAUAUGGUUUCGUGAAGCUCAAUGCUAGUCUUAAUUGGUGUUUAUAAACUGAUCAGGUACAUUUUGUUCCCAAAACACUAAAACACUGAUGAGAUUCUUAGGAACACGUUUUGAUCUCAGUGUAACAUUUUUGCAGUUUUCUCCCAAGUCUGCAUCUGUCAUAAAGACCAACUGAUAGCUUCUAAUUUUCGUCCUCCUCCCUUAGAAUUUUAGGCAUACAAAAUCAUCAAGGAAAAUAAGUAAAUUUCUUAUAACAUUCUGGGGGUAGAGGACAAGAGGAGACUUUUCACUUUUAUGAUAUUUAUUAUAGAAAAUAGCAUUUCUUUGAUUUGAAAACACUUUUAAUUGCCUACGUGGGGAAUGGAUAUUUGAGAAACUGUUGAAUACUUACACUUGUGUGUGUAUUUUUUUGCUUGAAUUUUUUUGUUGAAAAAUGUUCAGAGAUUACUAGUUUCUAAAUGGAUUCUGAGAUUAGGAUGAGUGAGAGACAUUGUUUUUUCUCUCAGUUGUCUUUGAUGAGUACAGUUUGGGAAAAAUGCUAAAUGCUUAUUUGUUUUAUACUUUUAUACACUCUGAUAGUAUUUGGAGGGUAUAUUUGGUAGAAUUUUAUCCUGAAAAUUAAGCAAUGGAACUUUUUUCUUAAAGUAUCUUUAAUGGUAAUUAGAAAAGUAAAAAAUAUUGUGCUUUUAGUUAGACUUAAUACUUAUAAUAGUUUAUUAUACUGUGAGAGACAGUGAGAGGCAGACAACCUCCUGAUACUAUUUUUAAGCCAACACUGAAUGACUUUAUUAUGUUAAGUAAUCAACUUUUGGCCUGUAUUGAAUACCCGUUUUGUUUGUGUGGUCUUUCAUGUGGAUAGUUUUGCUUAUUUAAUGGACAGGUAAUAUUAAAUUGGGGACAUUACUAGAUUGGAACUCUUUAUUUGUUUUUUAGGUGCAUAAAUUAGGGUAGUGAAGCAUAGGGUUUGUACCUUAGGACCUCAGUUGACUUAUCAAGAUGUGUACAGGUUUUACAAAUAUUAAAAAAGUAAUACUUAUUUUUAACAGAUAAAGCAGGUCUGAUAGUGAUGUAAAUAGUAUAUUGAUGCAGCCAACACGAACGGUUGUCAUGUGUAACACAACUUUCGAUCACCGCGAAAACACCGUCCUGGGAAAGCGUCCAUGCUUGAUAUCGUUUGGUUCAUGAACAUUAAGUUUCCAGUACAGGUAAAAUCCCAGAGGAAGCCAAAGCUCUCUCUCUAUUGGCUCCUGCUCCAACCAUGACAAGUCUGAUGCCUGGUGCAGGCUUGCUUCCCAUACCGACUCCAAAUCCCUUAACUACACUGGGUGUUUCCCUUAGCAGUUUGGGAGCUAUACCAGCAGCAGCACUAGACCCCAAUAUUGCAACACUUGGAGAGAUACCACAGCCACCACUUAUGGGAAAUGUGGAUCCUUCCAAAAUUGAUGAAAUUAGGAGAACAGUCUAUGUUGGCAAUUUGAAUUCCCAGACAACAACAGCUGAUCAGCUACUUGAAUUUUUUAAACAAGUUGGAGAAGUGAAGUUUGUGCGGAUGGCAGGUGAUGAGACUCAGCCAACUCGGUUUGCUUUUGUGGAAUUUGCAGACCAAAAUUCUGUACCAAGGGCCCUUGCUUUUAAUGGAGUUAUGUUUGGAGACAGGCCACUGAAAAUAAAUCACUCCAACAAUGCAAUAGUAAAACCCCCUGAGAUGACACCUCAGGCUGCAGCUAAGGAGUUAGAAGAAGUAAUGAAGCGAGUGCGAGAGGCUCAGUCCUUUAUCUCAGCAGCUAUCGAACCAGAGUCUGGAAAGAACAAUGAAAGAAAAGGCGGUCGAUCUCGUUCCCACACUCGUUCAAAAUCCAGGUCUAGCUCAAAAUCCCGUUCUAGAAGGAAAAGAUCACAGUCAAAACACAGGAGCAGAUCCCAUAAUAGAUCACGUUCAAGACAAAAAGAUAGACGUAGAUCUAAGAGCCCUCAUAAAAAACGCUCUAAAUCAAGGGAGAGGCGGAAGUCAAGGAGUCGUUCGCGUUCACGGGACAAAAGAAAAGACAACCGAGAAAAAAUCAAGGAAAAGGAAAGAGUGAAAGAAAAAGAUAGAGAAAAGGAAAGGGAAAAAGAGAGAGACAGGGAAAAGGAACGUGAAAAAGAAAAGGAACGGGGUAAAAACAAAGAUAAAGACCGGGAUAAAGAACGGGAAAAGGACCGAGAUAAAGACAAGGAGAAGGACAGAGAGAGAGAGCGGGAAAAAGAGCAUGAAAAGGAACGAGACAAAGAGAAGGAGAAGGAACAGGACAAAGAAAAGGAACGAGAAAAGGACAGAUCCAAAGAGAUAGAUGAGAAAAGAAAGAAGGAUAAAAAGUCCAGAACACCACCCAGAAGUUACAAUGCAUCAAGAAGAUCUCGUAGUUCCAGCAGGGAGAGGCGUAGGAGGAGGAGCAGGAGUUCUUCCAGAUCACCAAGGACAUCAAAAACCAUAAAACGGAAAUCUUCUAGGUCUCCAUCCCCUAGGAGCAGAAAUAAGAAGGAUAAAAAGAGAGAAAAAGAAAGGGACCACAUCAGUGAAAGAAGAGAGAGAGAACGUUCAGCCUCUACAAGAAAGAGUUGUAAUGACAGAGAUGGGAAGGAAAAGGUGGAGAAGAACAAUACUUCACUUAAAGAGAAGGAGCACAAUAAAGAACCAGAUUCAAGUGUGGGAAAAGAAGUAGAUGACAAGGAUGCACAAAGGACUGAGGAAAACAAAGUACAGCAAAAUGGGAAUUGUCAACCAAAUGAAGAAAACCUCUCUACCAAAACAGAAGCAGUAUAGGACCUACAAAUGCACCUCUAAACACACGCUGGAAUAGAAUCCAAAGCUUUGAAUUCUCUCGCAAGAUGUUAAACAGUGAAGAAAUCCAGUAGAGCAUAAAGAUACGAGCUAACAGCUUUUUUAGUUGUUAGGUGACUUUGUGGCCAUCUUGUUACUGAGUAAGAAAAUAAAGCAUGGACAUCGUGAAAAUAACAGGUGUUACCCAAACUCCUCAUCUUCUAAAAGCUGUGCAUUUCCAUGGUGGCUGACACACUUGUCAUGUGGUUUGUUAAGUGUUUGCGAAGAACCAUUAAAAUAAAUGGGACAUUAAAGAUCUAAAUUUGUAUUAUCCAUUAAAGACUGGAGAUAAGCAUUGGAGGCUCUUUUAAAAAAUGCUAGUAACUGAUUUUGUAUUGUUUUACUUUUUUUAAUUUCAAUAUAUUACAGAUUGAUGAUGUGCUUGAAAUUGGUGCAAAUAUAUACACACCCUUGUAAGUGCGGAGUAUGUAAGAAGUUUUAACAUUGACUUCACAGGAUUUACAGUGAUUGUGUUAAAUUCUCACUAUUGUGUUUUCUUUUGCUCACUGUUUAGGACAGCAGUUUUUCUUUAAAAUAGUUUUACAGAUUAAAGUUGCUUACAUGAGUGGAUUAAAAACCAGCUGACAAUGCAUGCUACUGUUCUUUUUCAAAAGGAAGAACAACUGUGUUGAAUACUAAUAAUAUAUUAGUAUUCAGUGUUCAGAAUCAUUGGGUCUUCCCACAAAAUAACCAUUUCUUUUUGAACUCUUUUGACAUUUCCAAGCUUAUUAUGAACAGUAUCACAGUGUGUGUUGUCAGUUGUAGGUGGCAAAGGUGCCAUUUAUAAUAAGAAAACUGGGUUUUCAAAAUGGGCUAUGGGAGCACAAGCUGAAGCUUUAGUGCCUUCUACAAUGUGGUAUACUGUUUUCUAGAAUUUUAUAUGGACUAGUCAUUCUCAAUUCAUAUGGAAUUUAGGUGGAUAUUCCAUUCCCUCCCAUAGAGAAGUGUGAAAGUGGUAUGUCAGAAGAGCUUCUUACUUGGUUCACUUAAUAUGAGAGGGAAGUCUGUUUUCAAGAAUGACUUUAGAGCUUAAAACAGCAAUGCAGUUUUGGGACCAUCAGUUUCAUACUGUGAUAAUUGAAAAUGAAGCAGCAUGUUCUUAUUUUACUUAAAGCAGAACGCUUUAGUUGUCUACAUUGGAUGGCCUUAAUUAUUACCUCUUAAUCAUCUUCUCAUAAAUGAUGUGCAGAAAUUGUACUUAAAGGAGAACAUAUGAGUUUGUCUUAUGUGUAAGGAUGUGUUUACUUAAGCUUAAAAUAUAGGUCAUCCGACAUUGUUAGGCACACUUUUUGCAGAAAGUAUGCAAGUAGUAAAAUGACAACAUUGCUAAUAUUUUCCCCCAGAACACAACUCAUAGUUUCAGAACUCUUUUCAUUGUUGUAUUUCCAAAAGUUAUACCUUUUAAUUAACAUGUUAUUUAAAAAAUCAAGUAUAAUUAGUUUAAUGCAGUCUAAUACAAUCAAAUUACUCAGUUGCCUUACCUCAUGGGAAGAGUUACUUAUAGAUUUAAAAAGCUGAGUGGCACAUCAGCUACUUGGUUUCAACUUGAGUUUUCUUUUAAUGUUAAUACUAUUGAAAUUUAAGUAUUUGGUGAAGAAUGGAAAGAAUUGCCCUUAUUGCAAGUAAUGAAGCCUGGUUUGAUUAUGAAGCUGCUUAAUUACUCCUCAUGUGUUCAGAAUUACUGUGUCUUUUUUUCCUUUUUUCACUGUGUACAUUAAAAUUUUUGAAAAUGCUUUACUAUGUAAAGUAUAGAUGGUCAUUUUAAUCAUUCAACCACAUACGGUUGGCUGGUAAACAGCUUAUUUUGAUAUAAGAAUGCUUGGGUGUAUAUGGAAAGAUUGUGAAGGAGUGUGUGUGUCUUGCAUCAAAGCUUCUUAUUUAUGAUAUGUAAGUAGAAUAGAGCAAAUGUUGUUUGAAUCUUUGUUAUUUUUAGUACUGUUUCUCUAAUAAAGCUACGUAUUUUAGAGGAAAGUAUUUGUUCAUGCAUUUCAAAACAGCAUCUUAGGUUUGUCCUGUUCUUGUUUUAGCUGGCAUAGAAAUUGUUUUGACAUGGAGAAUGCAUGUUUGUGUGGUGUGUAAAGCCAUCAUUUAAAGUUUGAGUAUUUUCUUGUACUCUGGACUCUAUUAAAUGUUUUUUAUGUUGGUAAUUAACAUAGUUAUUUGGUUCCUGCUGCCAGUUAUUUUUCUGGAUGAGGUUUAUUCAUCUUUAAAACAGUCAUACUAAUCUUAACAGACACUGAUUUAUAAAAAUUGGGCAUGAAUAGGAAUACAAGAGGUCCGGAGAAAGUGAAAUCAUUUUCUUAAACAGGCUUAUGGAAGCAAAGCUUUCUAGGGUCUAGAGGUACUGGAGGGAAGGAGGGAGUGUGUGAGUGUGUGUGUGUGUGUGUUGUGUGUAAGACAGAGACAUCUUUUUCUCUUUGUUCACUUUUAAGAGCUGAUAUGUUUUCUUUUAUUUUUUUCUUGUAAGGUAUUUUUUUAUUUCUUUAAAACUGUCUCUUUCAUCCCAGGUAGAUAUUGUCAGGAAAACUUGAGGUAAGGCCAAGAAGACAGCCAUUUUACACUUAAUACCUUCUGUAAAUUAUCUUUUUCAUCUUGAUUAUAUAGCGAGUACAUUCUGUUCCUUAAAUUGCAGUUGCUAUUCAUCAUUCUAGACAAAUUCUCUUGGUCCUCUUGUUCUUGCUUUUCAGCAUUGUGCACUUAACUGGUAAUAAAAGAUGGUCCUUCAUAAGCUAGCCAGUUUCAUGUGAGGAAACAAGUAUAAAACCCUCAACUUCCACAGCUAUCUCAUUAUUUUCCAUUGAAUUUAAUUAACUUAUAGUUACGAACACACUAGUCAGCUUGUGAUUUUUCUGUUUAGAAUCUUUUUUUCCAAGGGAUUCAGUAUAUGCUGUGUUGAUCUUUAGAAGUAUCAUAGAGACUUAAAUUUUGACAUGCCUCAGUUAAAAGUAAAAACCGGCAUUUAGAAUCAAUUUUUUUUUGUGUCAAUAAAAUAAUUUCUUUUGUGGUAUUAGUCAUCUUCAGGAUGCUCAUUCAUUCCUAUAUAUAGGUUGCUACCUUUGAAAUUAAAAAAAAAAAAAAACCUUGAGCCAAAUCUGGUCUCAACUGAAGAUAUUCAAAUUUAAGGAUUAUAAUAUAUACUAAUGGCUUUUAAAAGUUUUUUAAAAACCUAUUUGGAAUAGUAUGAUUUGGUUUAAAUCUUUAGUAGUUGAAUUAGCAGUUAAAAUGAAUUCUUUUUGAGGGAUGCAUUAAGUAACAUUUCAGUGGGACAUUUCUUAUAUUUUCAUUGGAAGAUAGUAUCUGGUUUUAACUGGGUAAGUUAUGAAGUAGAACUGUUUCCACAAAGUAAUUAUGUUCCUUAUGUGUUUUAAAUAUUUUUUUUAAAAAAUUCACUGCCUAUAUACUUAGAUGUUCUCAUGUUUAUUUACUAAUGUAAUAGUCAUUUAAAAUUAAAUUGUUUAUUUUCAAAUCUCAGAAGUUAGUGCUCUCAAAGGGCUAAAUGAUAUUUCUGGAAGCAGGAGUCGAGUAUAAAUGUAAUAAAAUAAUCUUUUAAAAUAAAAUUCACUUCCCUACUUAAACUUGGGUUUGUGGGUGAAUUUGUUUUUCUUAAAUACACUUUUAUUGGUGAUUCUGCCAAAGAGUGGUACAUUAUUUUAAAAAUAAAAGCUAAAGCUGAAGGUAGGUUGGAUUUAGUAACUAAUAACUAGAUUUCUUUCUAUUCCAUUUAAGGUACUUUUAUAGUUUCUAGCAAUUAAUUUAUUAUAAUUGUUUAUAUAUAAUACAUUUCUUAACAUACUGUUCUUAAAAGCAGAUUUUUAGCCUAUUGCCUGAUUUUAAAUUUACUUUGUAUCUAGCUAACAUUUUAAUUUUGAGAAUUGCCAACUUUUGUAAAACUUCACAAAUUUUACCAUUAAGAUUUAUUUUCCAAGGAUUGGAGUAGAAUAAUAGUUCUCUCCAUUCUUGAUUAACUUUUGUUUGCUAGAUAGAUAAUUUCUUAACUGUAUAUGUAAGUUCAAACUCAUGAAAUUCAUGCUGAAUUAGAGUUGAAGAGAUUGAGUUCCACCAGUUUAAGGUUAGUGGUAGGCAAAAAACUGUUAGGAAACACGCUACAGAAUUCUCUGAUUUCCACAGAAGGUUACAUUUGGGUGUACUGUGUAGUUGUAUAGGUAGUUAAAUUUAAUAGUUAAAUAUUACUCUCCUUCAUCUUAAUUAGGUUAAUACAGUAGUGCUAUUCUUUACAUAAUGCUAUGGAUUAUCAAGGGAAGGGUUCAAAAUGUAAACAAAAAGGUGCUGCAUAGGUGGUGUAUAUUCUGUGAGUAGGACUACUUCCAUAUACUAGUAAACAUUUAUCAGAUGCUGCUGCUAUUGUGUUGCUAUAUUUUUAAUAAAAUGAAAAUCUUAAAAUCUU